GCGCGGCGCGUACGCACGUUUGGCAUCAACAACUAGUACAGCUAUUAUAUUACUAGUAAACGAACGUAACUUCGUUGAGGACAUUUAAAAAUGUAAAGAUAUUGAUCUUUGGUUGUUUUAUCUAUAAAGUACAUAUAAUACAGAAAUAGAUACCGCUUAUCGCCUCCUCAUAACAUUCCGUAACCUCUAUAUGUAAUUUAUAUUUUGUAUAAUAUAUUCACCAAGUACAAACGUGUAUAAUAUAACCUAUAUUGUAUUAAUCUACAAAUGUCGGUGGCAAUGAUUUUGUGGACGUUGAUUUUAAUCCCAGUGCUAAUUGUAGUGAGUGUGAAAAUAUAUCAGAAACUAACAUGUGGAAUUUGUCGGUCGAGUGCGCACAUGGUCGGGAAAGUCGUUAUAGUGACCGGCGCGAACAGUGGAAUAGGAUUUGAAACGGCGAAAGACUUAGCCAACCGUGGUGCACGUGUGAUCUUGGCAUGUCGCAGUGUAAGUCGCGCGACUGCAGCGAAACAAAUUAUUGUAAAAGAGACGGGGAAUAAGGAUAUACAUAUACAACAAUUAGACUUGAAAUCGCUUCGAUCUGUUCGGGAAUUUUGUGAACAGAUAAAGAAAACAGAGAAACGUCUUGAUGUACUUAUUAAUAAUGCGGGUGCCGGGGGUCUCGGGAAUUAUACAACUGAUGAUGGAUUACACGUCGGAAUGCAGGUUAACUUUUUUGCAUCGUUCCUAUUGACGUGCCAACUGGUACCCUUACUGAAGAGUUCAGCGCCCAGCCGCAUUAUCAACGUUUCGUCUAUGAUUCACAAGUAUGCUGAACUUGACUUCGAUAACUUGAACAUGGAGAAAUAUUGGAGUGAUUAUCAGGUGUACGCAAAUAGCAAGUUAUUUAUAAAUCUUAUGACAUUGGAAUUAAGUAAUAGAUUAAAAGGGACCGAUGUGACCGUAAAUGCUUUGCAUCCUGGAGUGGCUGCAACGAAUCUGUUUAGAAACAUUCCAAAUGCAUUUAUUCGUCAAUUAGUUGAGAGAACUUUAGGAUUCAUGUUCCAAACACCAUGGGAAGCAUCCCAAACGUCUAUUUACUUAGCUGUCUCACCAGAAGUGGCUGAUGUGAGCGGAAGAUAUUUUAGUGAUUGUCGUGAAAAGGAACCUUCGAAGUUGUCACAAAAUCAUGAACUAGCUAAAAAGUUAUGGAUAGAAUCGGAGAAAUUAGUAAAAUAUUCCUUACAAGAAAAUUAGAUAUUGUUAUAUAAUGUUUACAUUGUAUUGGUUAUGUCUAUGUAAGAGUAGAUAAAGGUCUCCACAAGCGACGAGACUCUCGGAUUGAAAACAGAACAAGAGUGUUUAUUUUUAUAAAAGUUACGUUCCUUUAUAGAAUAUAGAUGCCUCUCAAUGCAAAUAAAUAACUUAUUGUUAUUAUUAAAAAUUGUUAUGAUUAUUUAUAUUAUUCUAAUAAACAAAAUUUAUAAACGUU